ACUACUUACAGAGGGAUGGGUGUCCCACAGACCCCACCUUCCGUCGCCUACCCUCCCCCUCGAACAACCCCUACGUGGAUAGGUUCUCCUUCGAAGCCUUUCAGCUGGUGGUGGAUCAGACUGCUGUGAUCUAUCUGCACUGUGAACUCUACUCCUGUGAUGCCACCAAAGCCACCCCCAAUUCCGUCUGCAGCAUACCAGAUGACUGUGACGAGGGCUUAAUGGGUAUGAGAAGACAGAGGAGGAUGAUUCGGGAACAAGUCGAGGAAGGAAAGGGGGAGGGGGGAUACGAGAGAGUGGUUGUCAGCCAGGGAGGCGCACUAGUGUUCAUGCAGCCACAGGGCGGGGACUACGAAUCAGACUUGGAUCCGUUUCCUUCUUUUUCGACUGACUCGGGUGACCCGGAGGGGACGUUUCUGCAACUAGUGACUCUGGCAGUCAUCAUCUCCCUCCUCCUCAUCAUGACCUGCACUCUGUGCAUGUGUAUGGUCGGGGUUGUAGUGGUCAAGCUGAAAAUACACCAGCUGUUCACGACUGACCAAGAAUGAACAAUUCACCCAAUCAAAACGUCAAAACGUAGUCCUUCAAAAGGAAAAAGAGAAGAUAUGUAUCAACAAAAAAACAAAAUCAUAACUUAGUCUAUUCCUCACUUCAAAAUGGAUCUCUAAACUGAACAACGUGCAGCAAUACAAUAAUUGGCUUCUACAUGUCGAAUCAGUACCUUAAGUUUUUCGUGCAGAGGCAUUUCACGAAUUAAAAACCAUGUUUCCUCGAAGCUUUUGAUUUUGGAAGUUUCCUCAAAACACAAAAUAACUUUCCAAGUCUUAUUUUAGAUUUCUUACAACUGAUAGCAGCUGUGCGUUGAAAAGACAGACCAUCUAAUUUAUUAUUAAAGUAACCAAACUGAUUUCAAUGAUUGAUUUUGGAACCUUAUAAACAAAUUUUUGGUGAAUAGUAUACAAAAAAUAUGUAAUUAUUGUUAGGUAAUACUCGUCAAUU